UGGUACCCUGCAGAUCACAUAAUUAAAGAGAGAGAGAGAGAGAGAGAGGCGAGAGAUGUUUUCAUGGCGGCUUCUUUUCUUCAUGGUGGUCUUCCGUGCACAAAAGUUUUCGGCUGGCUGCAGUGUGGAUGGCCCUGCUGCAGCCUCAUCAAAUGCAUCUCUCACACUGCUCAAAGCAGAUGUGAUGAAUGAUCCCAUGGCGCCUGUAUGUCUGGAUGGUACCCCGGGCGCGUACUACCACAGCCCGGGAGACGGAGCUGGAGUUGAUAAUUGGCUCAUUUUCAUAGAGGGGGGAGGAUGGUGUUCAUCCGCCGAAGAAUGCAAAUCUCGGGCAACUUAUGCACUUGGUUCUACCAACAACUCACUCCCUAGCAUGAGUUUUGGUCACAUUCUCAGCCCAAAUGCCAAUGGAAAUCCAGACUUCUGCAACUGGAACCGCAUUUAUGUUCGUUAUUGUGACGGAUCUUCUUUUACUAGCGGUGUUCAAGGAGCUGAUCCCCGUACAAAUGUGACUUACCGUGGGGCCAUGAUCUUUCGUGCAAUUAUGGAGGACCUGCUAGCAAAAGGAAUGAGCAAUGCUAAAAAUGCCAUUCUUUCUGGAAGCUCUGUUGGAGGCUUAGCAGUGAUUAUACAUUGUGAUCGUUUUAGAUCAUUUUUACCCGCUUCUGCUCGGGUCAAAUGCCUUGCAGACUCUGCCUACUUUUUACACCCAGAAAAUUUAAUUGGGGACAAAUUGUUUGACACAACAUUUGAAGGGCUGGUCAACUUACAGUGCUUCUUUCCCCAAUACAUAUUGCAAACUGUGGAGACCCCGUUGUUCAUCGUCAUGUCUUCAUUUGAUCUAAUUCAGAUCAAAUUCAACUUGUCCCCGGAGCACGAGAGUUGUCUGUUGAAUAAGAACUGUACCUUGGAUGAUGAGUUGGCCAUGAUUGAAGGACUAAGAUUGGAUCUACUUGCUUCAUUGCCAAUUGCUAGUCCAUCAUCAUCCAGAGGCAUGUGGAUCACUAGCUGCAUGACUCAUGAACUUACAGUUUACUCUUGGAUUGCUCCUAUAUUGUUGAAAAUUGAUGGAAAUCGGACAUACCCACAAGUGUUUGGUGAUUGGUUCUAUGAUAGACGUGCCACACAAGUGAUAGAUAUGUCCCCAGAAGCUAAGAACUGCACUCAGUAUGGAAUCCAUAUUAAACAAUACUAGAUAUAUAUUGUUAGACAAUAAUACUAAUAUUACUUCUGACAGUAUUGGUUAUGGUAGUAUUUGAUUGCUAGUCAGCUUCUUGUUUCUAUUUAUCGUAAAUGUUGUAUUUUAAUUAAGUUAGUCUACAUUCUCUAUUUCUAUUUGUGUUAGAAGUCUCUUCUAUAUAUAUUCUAAUAAUGGUCCUUUAUAACU